AUGGCAAGGCUCGGCGUGGCCUUGCUCGCGCUCCUGGCGGCCGCCGCGGCGGUCGCCUGCCUGCCGUCCCCGGCCUCCGCGGGCGAGCUGGCCUCCAUGCUGCUGUCGCGCGCGGCGGCCUGCGACGGGGUCAUCGGGGAGUGCGGCGUGGACGAGGACGAGGAGAUGGUGACGGGCGCCGGUGAGGCCCUGCGCCGGUCGCUGGUGCGGAAGUCGACGGCCAGGUACAUCAGCUACGCGGCGCUGCGCGCCGACCAGAUCCCCUGCGACAAGCGCGGGGCGUCCUACUACAUCAACUGCGGGUCCAUGCAGCAGGCCAACCCCUACACGCGCGGCUGCUCCGCCAUCACGCACUGCGCGCGCAACAUGAACUGAUCCGUCGUCCGUAGGCCUGGUGGAUCUUGCGCACGUACGGCACUGAUCGAUGCGUACGCACGGAGCGGCGAGGAGGUGUGUGGCCGUGCGAUCACCUAAUUACUAAUUGUACUUGUAGAACGCCCGUGCAUUGCUACAUACGAAUGAUUAUAAAUAAAUGAAGCUGACUGUACAAAUUUACAAGUUACUUAUGUCUCAUGGCUUGUCCUUUUUGUCAUCACGAG